CAGGCCCUUAUCUUUGGUGAGCAGCUGGGCCGGGCUGGGGCAGGGCUCAGGGCCGUGGGGCCGGGCGCCGUGGGGCCGGGGUGUGCGGGGAUGGGCCCCCAGCGGCUGCCGUGGUUCCUGCUCCCCACUGCGGCCUUGCUUGGCCUCCUCUUCCUCUCCAGCCUCCGGCUCCCAGAGGUGCACCUCUCGGCCUGCGUUCGGGGCGGGCGGCCCUGUGGCUGGCUCGGGGGCAGAGGGGAGACGCCCCCCUCCGAAGAGAACGGGAAGCCGCCCCUUCUCGCCCAGACGAGCGGCUCCCGGCUGCCCCUCCCCAGGCAUGGGAUCCCCCCUCCGGCCCGGGCCCCCCGCUGCCCAGGCCAGGCCUUCCAGAUCAGCCGCCUCCUGGCGGCCUUCAGGGCCUGCCUGACUCCGGACGGAGAAAUCCUGCUGGGAGAGUAUCUGGCUGGCUGGAAAGAACUGAUCAAACUGAUAGACACUCUGGGGGCCGCCUUCGGCCUCCUGGCCCGGGAGACGCAGACGAAGAUGGAGAUCCUGCAGGGGCACCGUGCGGGGCCGCACGCCCCUCACUACCGCACCCUGCAGGCCAUGGUGGCCUUCGAGCUGCGGCGCGGCCUGGUGGGGCUCCGGGCACUGCCCCCGGGCCGGCCCCCCUCGGGCUGCCGGACCCUGCUCCGCCUCCACCGGGCCCUCAAGUGGCUGGAGCUGUUCCUGGGGAAGUUGAGCCGCAGUGGGCCGGAGGAAGACCCCUCCCAGCUCUGCGCCGAGGCCUACCAGGCGGCCCUGGCCCCGUACCACAGCUGGUGGGUGCGCCAGGCGGCCGGGCUGGCCUUCCUGGCCCUGCCCUCGCGCCAGGAGCUGUACGGGCUCGUCUGCGCCGAGGGGGAGCGGGAGGCCCGGGCCGUGCUCCUGGACGCGGUCGGCGUCAUCGCCGGAGUCUAUAACGUCACCCAGCGGCUCUACGCCGCCCGUGGCCUCUUGGAGCUGCCCUGAGUGGUCGCCGGGGGGCGCCGGAGAGGACAGGGUGGGGGGCACCGGCUCCCCCCGGCCCCAGGGCGGGGACUGGCUGGCUCAGGGGUGCAGGGAACGGGGCAGGGGCCUGUCCCCUCUGGGGGGCGCCGGCUCCCCCUGUCCCCAGGGCAGGGAAUGGGGCAGGGGCCUGACCCCUCUGGGGGGCGCUGGCUCCCUCCGGCCCCAGGGCGGGGACCGGCUGGCUCAGGGGCGCAGGGAACGGGGCAGGGGCCUGACCCCUCUGGGGGGCGCCGGCUGGGCUCUCCCGGGCAGGGCGCUGGGCGCGGUUGUGAACCAGAAGCCCCGGAAACGGGGCCAAGUAAAGAGACGCCCCGAGCUCGA